UUUUUCAUUCUUUUUUAUUAAAAAGAAAUUGAAAAAUCCCAAAAAAAAAUCCAGAAAAUGCCCAAAACGCCCUCAAUUUUCAAUUUCCUUUUGCUUCUUCCUUUCCUUUUCCAAUCUUCUUUAACUGGAAUAUUACCUCAGACUUCUUCAAAUGGUGUUGUUUCUAUACCAAUGGACCGAAAUAAUUAUAAAAAAUGUGGAGUACUUAAUGUUGGGGGACAAAACGUUACUUUAACUUUUGCUACGGGGUUGUCUGAUUUUUGGAUUGUAAAGGAAAAACAAACUGUGUCUUCUUUAUUGAAACCACUCAAUAAAUUAGUUGAAAUUAAAGAUGCCGGUGUUAAAGGGCCUUUGGUGAACAGUCAAGUAUCGAUCUGCGGUGUCAAAAUACCAAAUGUGCCUUUAGUUGUUUUUGAUUCUUUACCUGCUACUUAUUCAAGUAGUUUGGCAAAUAUUGGUGGAUUGUUGGGUCUUUCUAGCUCAUCAGAUAAUGCCAAUACCAAAUCUCCAUUACAAUAUUUAACACAAAAUUUAGCAAAACCAAUUUUGACAUUUUAUACAAAAUCUAAUGGAAAACUGGAAAUACCUUCACAAUACGAAAAAAAUGUCGGGUUAAUAACAUUUGGUGGAGAAGAUAAUAAAAACUGUGGUGACUAUAGUUAUGCCCCCCUAGCAGGGAAAUCUGACUGGAGUGUUAAUAUACAGUGUGUAAAAGUUGGAGAUACUGAAUGUACUGGAGCUAAAAAUAAAACAAUGACAAUAUCAGAUGAUGAACUUUUCAUGCUUGCCCCGCAACAAGUUGUGGAAGAAGUUGCUAAAAUUAUGAAAUUAAAACCUUUUGGGGGAGAGGAUAAUGGAAUCUAUGUAUUUUCUAAAGGAUCUUGUGAUGCUAAAAAUAUUGCUAAGCUGCCAACGAUAACAAUAACUGUUGGAGAUCCAGAUGAUUGUGAAAAACAAGCAACGAUUAAUAUAACUCCAAAACAAUAUCUACAAUAUACAGCCUUAGGUGAUUGCCGGUUACUUAUUGCUAAUAGUGUAGCAAUGGGUUAUGAAGAUGGCUAUCUCAUGGGUGCCAAAUUCUUUGAUGAUCGAUGCAUUUGUACAAACUGGAAGGAGGGCACUUUGGGAUUUGCUGAUGCUAAAGUUUGA